AGACGACUGCGGAACGCGCAGGAACUCCGCACGCGCUCGGACACGGCAGCUCGGCGCACCGACACCUUCAACGACGACAAAUACAAUACGACACCGACCCCAUGAACGCGGCGCCGCCACCACGUGGCCAGUGACAGUGCAGUGAGCUCCGUUUUUAUUAUUAUUUAUUAUAUUGCUUCGGAAAAGUGCGACCGUUUUCGAUUAAGGUGAAGUGCGCGCCAGUGACUAUUUACCCUAGUGCGGAAAGGGUGCAGUACAUGGCUCAGCCACGGGUGUAACACAUUAAAAAUAAAGCCGAAAUUUAGUGAACAAUUUUUCGUCAUGGAUGUGCUACAGAAAAAUUAUGACGAUGGGAUCCAUUCGGGAUAUAUGGACAGUGGUGCCAGUGCCGGUCUCUAUGAACCGCAUGUGGCCCAUCGACAGGGGCUUCAGGGCCUCCACCAUUCACCCCAUUUAAACCAUGCCAUGCAUCCGUACCAUGCCAACCAUGUGAACGCGACGGCGAACCAUGUCAUGGGUGGUGCGGUCCCAGAUGUGGGCAAAAGGGACAAGGACGCUAUCUAUGGACACCCCCUCUUCCCCCUGUUGGCUUUAAUUUUCGAAAAGUGCGAGCUGGCAACAUGUACCCCGCGAGAGCCCGGCGUUGCCGGUGGUGACGUAUGUUCGUCAGAAUCGUUCAACGAAGACAUCGCAGUGUUUUCGAAACAAAUCCGACAAGAAAAACCCUACUAUAUAGCAGACCCCGAAGUAGAUUCCUUAAUGGUACAAGCAAUACAAGUACUCAGGUUUCACCUACUAGAAUUGGAAAAGGUGCACGAAUUGUGCGACAAUUUCUGCCAUCGAUAUAUAAGCUGUCUGAAGGGCAAGAUGCCCAUCGACCUGGUGAUAGACGAGCGGGAUGGAGGCAAACCUCCCGAACUGACGGGGUCCACAAACGGAGACGGCGGCACCAGAAGCAAUGCAGACUCCACCUCUCACACAGAUGGGGCCAGCACGCCGGAUGUCAGGCCGCCAUCGUCGUCGCUGUCGUACGGGGGACCCGUCAACGACGACGUGAGGUCACCUGGAACUCCUGGACCUCUUUCUCAACCACCCGCAUCGCAGCAAAGUCUAGACGCCUCGGAUCCUGAUGCCAUGGGAAAAUGGUGUCCGCGAAGAGAAUGGUCAUCGCCUCCUGACCCUCGAGCAACGACCGACGCUGCUCGAAGAGGCGUCCUCUACUCCUCCGUCUUCCUCGGCAGUCCUGGUGAUGCAAGUAAUGCGUCGAUCGGCAGUGGCGAAGGAACCGGCGAAGAGGACGACGACACCAACGGAAAGAAAAAUCAAAAAAAGCGCGGCAUUUUUCCCAAAGUAGCAACAAAUAUCCUGAGAGCGUGGCUCUUCCAACAUUUAACGCAUCCGUACCCUUCGGAAGACCAGAAAAAACAACUGGCGCAAGACACGGGACUUACGAUACUGCAAGUUAAUAACUGGUUUAUCAAUGCAAGGCGGAGAAUAGUCCAGCCCAUGAUCGACCAGUCGAAUAGAGCAGUGUUUUCUCCUCACGCAGGUCCCAGUGGAGCAUACAGUCCCGACGGUACCAUGGGUUACAUGAUGGAAGGCCAGCAAAUGAUGCAUCGACCGCCAGGAGAUCCAACUUUUCACAAUCAGUACGCACAUUAUCCCGCUGAGUACUAUGGACAUCAUCUGUGAGGUCUCCCUUCUUGUGUCACAACGACAUUGGACAUAGAAAUAUGCAACUCCUAAAUGUGAUUAUUCUUUGUACAAAGUGUAAAUGUAGUGCCCCAGUGUUUAGUUCCGGGAAGGACUUGUACAAAAGUAUUAGACUCGUCUCGUGUGCUGACUGCUGUACAUAGUAAAUGGUGAGGCGGGCGGGCGGGCAUUCCCCGGAGAGGUGCCCCGCCGCUAAAGUAAACAUAUACAUAUAUACAUACACACGCUGCACACUGGCAGUAAGUAAAAGAAAAAAUUAUUAUGGACAACCGCCGCAAUCGUGUUAAGUGAUGUGGUCUCGUAGCUUAGGUUCCUCAUCGAUGUGUUACCUACCAAUUGCCCCCCCCCCACUCCUCUUGUCCUAGUCCCGAUCCUCACAAAUGUCCUUUCUCUCAGAAACGAUCAGCCGCUAUCUCCAAUGUCCUCCCUUCUAUUCUAUUAUCUAUUUCACUCUGUCCGCCAUCACGUUUCUUAAAAAAAUUCAAAAAGUACGACGCGUACAAAAAAAUAAUUCAAGGUUGUGCUGUUGUAAAAUAAUAGUUGUUAUAUUUGUUGUGAUUUUUUUUGCUAAUUUGAUGAAAAGAAAACUUGAAAAAACCCGAACUCUCCCUUGUCCCGAUGAUGAUCAUGAUGAUAUACGAUAUACGUAAAACUACUGAACCUAGAAAAUUUAAAAAAAUCUAACCAGCUAGAGUGCCUGCUCUCUCUAAGCUAUUCAACUAGGAUAAAAUAUCAAUACACAAGUAUACAGAAUGUCGCAAAGUCACUCAGGGGGUCCUUGGCUGAACCCAGACAAGUUCAAUCGUACCACUUACAUAAUGUAACUACAUAGAUUAUUAUAUACUAUUACUAUCUUUAUACUUGUGUUGUUUCUUUAAUCGGAACCUGUCGUGGUUUCUAAACAUCCCACAUUAUACAUACAUACAUACCCAACAAAAAAAUGGCAUGCAAUCAAUUUAUUUUACAACAAACGAAGUCAUUUUCAAUCCUUAUGUCCUCUUUUUCUAAUAUCAAAGUAUUAGGAGAAGAAAUACAUAGCUGGGGG